AUGGCUUGGCUAGAGCUUGAUGACCUUCAAGCUACAGCCGCUGCAGCAAACCCGUUCUUUAAGAAGGCCCCGGCAGCUACACCGUUCAGUGUGCCACCUUCACCGGCUUUUCUUACAGAGCUUCAGAGAUGCUGGGCCGACCCGUGGGCUCUCACCCACCAUGGCAAGGAUAGUAGGAUGCUACCUGCCAUGCGCGACGCAAAACAACAUGGGCUGGACCAUAUGCCUAAGGUGGAUGAAUUCAUAGCAGAGCUGAUGCUCUCCCCAGAUGAAGCCCUAAAGGAUGACGCCCGCUGCCCCAGACCUCAGUGCAGGGCCACAGAUGAGCUACUGUCACGGGCCUAUGACAAAGCGGCCUACAUGACCCGCAUUUGGAAAUUUCUCGCAGUGCUCAUGCUAGCACAGAACAGGAUGCUCCAGCCAGAGCACGCAGACCUGGAUCUCUGCAGCCUGAAUGACGUAUCUCUUCAAGCGUUUGCAUUCAUGACCAGAGAGCUAGGCAGACUGAUGUCCACUGUAGUUGUGACUUGUCGCCAGGUCUGGUUCGCCCAAGCCCCAAUGUCCGAUGACUCCAGGCAGAUGCUGAGAAAGCUCCCAGUGGUCCUCGGUCUGCUCUUCGGCCCCGUGGCUGAGUGCACCAUCAAAUGCAGACAGAACUCGACCAGGAUGAUCUAUGCUGGUCGCUGGAAGCUGUUUACCGAAUGGUGCUCUACCAGGGUGGAGGAACCCGUGUCCUGCUCUGUAUCUGUUAUACUCAGCUUCCUUCAGAAACGAUUGGACUCAGGUCGCUCUGCCUCUACCUUGAAGGUGUAUGCCUCAGCAAUAUCAGCUAACCAUUUACACAUCGAUGGAAAAUCGGCAGGAGCCCACUACCUCGUCUGCCAAUUCUUACAAGGUGUCCGCAGGCUGCAUCCCCUCAGGGCCGUCCACGCAGCAAACCUGGGAUCUGCCACUAGUAUUGGAGGCUUUGACGAAACCUCCCUUCGAGCAUACGAAGGUGCCAGACAUAAAAUCUCUGAAAACGGCUUUCCUCUUAGCUAUUUCAUCAGCGAAACGACCUCGGUGCACUACAGGAAGUCAGACCAGCUGUUUCUGUGCUUCAGUGGGAAGUCAAAAGGCCUUGCAUUGUCCAAGCAGGGGCUUUCACACUGGGUGGUGGAUGUCACCGCUCAGGCCUACAAGGGUGUAGGGCUCCCUGUCCCAGAAGGCAACCCUCACAGCCAUAACCUCAGCAGCAGACUGACACAUGACACAGUGGAGCAUGUCAGAUACAGGAUAUUGCAGCAUUUUAACACCACUCAUGACAAAUACUCAGUGAUUUUCACCUCUGGCAGUACGGCAGCUCUCAAAUUAGUCACUGAGAGCUUUCCCUGGAGGCCUCUCACUGCUGCGGAGCCAGCCAGUCAGUUCUGCUAUCUGACUGAUAACCAUACCUCAGUGGUCGGUAUCAGAGGAGUUACUUCAGCACUGGGAGUAGUUUCUCUACCUGUCUCCCCCGAGGAGAUAGAGGCCAGAGCCAAAGAUGUGGCCCAGAGUGAAGGCAGCAGUUGCCAGACACCACACCUCUUCUGUUACCCAGCACAGAGCAAUUUCUCUGGCAGAAAGUACUCCCUGGGGUAUGUGAGGGGUAUCCAGGCGCGGCAGCUCUACCCAGCGUGUGAUAGCAAGGGCCUGUGGUUCGUCCUGCUGGAUGCUGCCUCUUUUGCCAGCUGCUCUCCGCUGGAUCUGCAGGAGCACCCAGCGGACUUUGUUCCCUUCUCCUUCUACAAGAUGUUUGGCUUCCCCACAAGUUUAGGGGCUCUUCUGGUCCAGAAUGAUACAGCUGCCCUCCUAAGAAAUACGUAUUUUGGUGGGGGGACAACAGCAGCCUACCUAGCAGGGGAGAACUAUUAUGUGUCAGCGCCAAAUAUGGCUAGCCGGUUUGAAGAUGGCACCAUCUCUUUCCUAGACAUCAUUGCUCUAAAUCAUUGUUUUGAUUCUCUCCACACGUUCACAAGAGCCAUGGACAAGAUCCAGCUGCAUACAUUUGGUUUAACACGCUAUACUUACUUGUUGCUGUCUAGUCUUUGCCAUGGCAACGGACAACCAGUUGCUCAGAUAUACUCCAACAGUGAGUUUGAGAACCCAAGUACACAGGGAGCCAUCCUCAACUUCAACUUGAUGGACUGUCAUGGACAAAUGAUUGGAUACUCUCAGGUGGACAAGCUAGCUAGUCUUUUUAAUAUCCAUGUGCGGACAGGUUGCUUCUGCAACACAGGUGCCUGUCAGCUCUUUCUUGGCAUCACCAAUCAAGAGGUGAAGAGCAACCUACAGGCGGGUCAUGUCUGUGGAGACAACAUAGACCUGGUAGACAACCGUCCAACGGGAUCUGUGCGUGUAUCUUUCGGCUACAUGUCAACCUUCCAGGACUGCCAAAACGUCCUGAACUUCGUUGCGGACUGCUUUGUGGAGAAACCAGUAAAAGUGGACCAAGCGAAACUAGACAGACUGAAAUCGAACACCUCCUCUAAAGGUUCCAGUCAAUGUCUGCUCACCAUGCUUACCAAUGGUAAACCUGACCACAUAGAUGAGAGAGAGCAUGCCUCUACAGAUCCAGUUGUGAACCAAUGUGGAGAGAAGGCCAUCACCAAAGAUGCAAAGACCCAUGAGAAGGCCCAGACUAUGACUAACAUUUACAUGUAUCCCAUCAAAUCCUGUGCAGCGUUUGAGGUGACUGACUGGCCAGUGGGUGCUCUGGGUCUGCUCCAUGACCGGGGCUGGAUGGUAGUGAAUGGUAAUGGAGUGUGUCUGAACCAAAAGAGAGAACCACGCUUAUGCCUCAUUCAUCCACAGAUCUACCUGCCCUCGAACACACUGCUCCUGCAGGCCUCAGGAAUGGACACUAUUUGUGUCCCUUUGGAAAACCACAAUGAGCCACACCAGAGUCAUAGGGUGUGUCAAAGCAAGGUGGGUGGUGACAGGGUGGAGACAGUGGACUGUGGCGAUGAAGCUGCAUCAUGGCUCUCAGAGUUCCUUGAACAGCCUUGUCGUUUGAUAAGGCAAAGUCCUGAUUUCAUCUGCAACAUUAAAAAGGGCCAUGAAAAAGGUGAAAGUGAAAUGUCCCUGGUAAACUUAAGUUCAGAUACCAUACUAGGCUAUCAUUUUAUAUUUACAUUUUAGUA